ACGCCCGCUUCUACUUAGAUACUAUUCCCCCGUGGGACAGUGACUCGAUUGCAGGUGGCCAGAUCACUGCCCAUCUAGAGGCAAACCCAAGUUACAUGAUUGCGCUCCCCAAUCUCGCUGGCAUACAAUGCAGACAAUGAACUCGGCGAACAGUGGCAACUUGAAUAAAGAACGUCGUAUCCGAAACGGCACCAUUGAACAAGUUAUGGUGGACUCGUGGCAAAACGCAUUGCAAAAGUGUAAUCAACAACCAACCAAGAAAUCAACAGCGAUAGCUAGCUUUUCGUUCCUUCCAUCCAACAAAUACUCCUCUUGGGGAAUCACAGGGAAAUCGAGACAGUACCAUAUACUGAU